AUGUCUGUACCCCCACAUGCAGCUCUUGCGAGGGCCCCCUCCCAGGGGCCCCCUUCUGAAGGGGGCCCCCUAAUGAUGGGGGCCCCCCCUAAAAGACCUUCGACAACACCAGGGGCCCCCCAGCACUCUUAUAAUCAUCUCUCCGGCAAAACAACCGAACAGGGCCCCCAUCCACUCCCUCUUGGAGCCUCAUCCCUUUGGGGGCCCCCUGGGGGCCCCCCUCCUAAUGGGGGCCCCCCUUCUGAUGGGGCCCCCCCACCUGAUGGGGGCCCCCCUGCUAAUGGGGGGCCCCCUGCUAAUGGGGCCCCCCCCGCUGAUGGGGGCCCCUCCGAAGGGGGCCCCCCCGCUGAUGGGGGCCCCCGUACUAAUGGGGGCCCCCCUUCUAAUGGGGGCCCCCCUUCUAAUGGGGGCCCCUCUUCUGAUGGGGGCCCCCCUGAUGAAUUGCUGCAGAGCGAAAGUGAAGAAGAAGAAGACGAAGAAGAAGAAGAAGAGUUUAUGUGGGGGUCUGAGGCAGCUUCUGUUUGCUGGGUUUCAUUGAUAGACAACUCGUAUAAAAAAGAAACAGAGCUGCUGCUGCUGCUAGUAUAUCCGUUGCUGCUGCUGUUUAGCUUCGUGCAGCUAACGCUUGGCUUCAUAGGGUGCUUCCGUUACUUGUCUCCUCCUGCUGCUGUUGCUGCUACUGCUGAAGGCGCCACAGCAGCAGCACCAGCAGCAACAGCAGCAGCAGCAGCAGAAGUUGCGCAGCUCUCGCUGCAGCACAACUUGUGGGCGGAGCCUCUCUAUUGGGUUUGUCUCUGUUUAUUUUUGCUGUCUCUUUCUUCUGUCUCUUCUGGAUAUUUAUCUUUGAUUAAACACCGCAGCAUUCCUCUCUCCUUCGAUAAAUUUAAACUGCAUAAGAUAUUUGAUGGAAGUUUGCUGCUGCAUGCAGUUGCUGCUGCUGCUGCUGCCUUCUCCUUUCUUAAGCUUCUUGUUGCUGCUCUUCCAAAUGACUCUUCAACACGCAUCAGCCACCAGCAGCAGCAGCAGCAGCAGCAGCAGCAGGAGCAGGAGAAACCUCAGGGGCUGCUGGAGCCCCAGCAGCAUCAGCAGCAACAGAUGAAGCGCCACUGGGAGAGUCAGCAGCAGAAGCAGCAGCAGCAGCAGCAGCAGCAGCCAACGACUGCUCCCGAUGCAGACUCGGAUGCAGCAGUAGCUGACGCCCCUUCAAGCCCUGAUGCUGUUGCUGCUCCUGCUGCUGCUGCUGCUGCUGUAGCAGCACCGGAAGGCGCAUCCACUCAGCUUAUAACAGCAGCAGAAAUGCAUGGAGGUGCUGCUUCAGACUUAGACGAGACAGAAGCAGCAGCAGCAGCAGCUGCUGCUGCCGAUGGUCCAGCAGAAGGUGUUCCUGCGCUGAUCGAGCAGCAGCAGCAGCAGCAGCAGCAGCAGCGAAUGCAGAAGUACGGAAGGCAGCAGUUUCUGCUGCGGCCUGAAGAUUUUAAUCAUCAUAAUCAUCAGCAGCAGCAGCAGCUGCUGUUGAUGCUGCAGCACCACGACCGGCGUGCUGCUGCUAUGCUUCAGGCUGUUAAUUCUUCUUUUCCAGCAGAAGCACCAGCAGCAGCAGCAGGACCAGCAGCAGCAGCAGCAGCAGCAGCAGCAGCAGCAGUUGAACACACCUCUGCACUGUACAAACCUUUGCUGCUGUCUUCUCUUGCUCUUGAGGUGCCGCUGCUGCUGCUGCACUCUGCUGCAUUUUUGCUGCUGUGGACCGUCGCCAAAAAAGUAGGCAAAAUUUUCGGCAUGCGAAUGCCCAAACUCCCCUUCUAG